AUGAACGCACUGGUCCUGCCAAAAGCGGGUGCAGCUCCGUCCAGAGAUCUGUUGCGUGAUCACGAGCGGUUGACGGUGCUGCACGAGCGGCAGACUGCAGAUUAUGAGGCCCUGAUUGGCAAAUAUGGCUGCCUGAAAAAUGUGCAUCGCUCACUGGAGCUGGAGCAUCGCUCGCUGCAGGACAGGUACGACAGCCUGCAGCAGCAGAACAAGCUGGAGGACCUGCAGCAGGUCCUGAAGGAGGAGCAGGUGACCAUGGCGCUGGAGAAAGAACAGCACAGGACCACAGCGGCUGAAUGCUGCCGGCUCCGUGAUGAGAAGGACUGGCUGAACCAAAUGUACCAACAGCUUCUGAAGGACAAUGAGGCGCUGACAGCGGACCACAGAGACCUGAAGAGCCAGAUGAAUGGGACCAAGCUGGAACACACCCGGCUGGAGGCCAAUUAUUCCAAACUCAAAAUGGAGUAUCAGCAGCUGGACAUCACGUUGACCAAACUCACCAACCAGUGUGAGCUGCUGAACCAGUUGAAAGGAAACCUGGAGGAAGAGAACCACCACCUGAUUGGUCAGAUCCAGACUAUGGUGCUGCAGAACCAAACGUUAUUGGAGCAGACAAUGGAGAACAAGGAUCGGUUUCACGUGGAAGAGCUCCAAUAUAUAGAAAAGCUGAAUGUUUUGAGGAGGCAGAAGGAGAAGCUUGAAGAAAAGAUAAUGGCCCAGUACAAGUUCUACCAGCCUUCAGCUCCUCGCCGACAUGGGAGCUGGAUCACUGUGAAACUGAAGCAGCUGAUCAAACCCUGCAACCGUGAGCAUGAACCGGAGCGCUCACUCUUCACGGAAUCACAUGACUCUGGUCAGGAUAGCAGCUCGGUCCUGAGUUCAGAUGGUUCUGGAUGUUCAGCCGUCUCCCCCCGGCAUCACAGCACCCUGAGCAGCCUGGCGUUUCCCUCAAUGUCAGGUGACCUGUGGGGUGAAAGGUCAACAGACAGGAAGGAAACAUUAACCUCAUCAUCUCUGUCCAUCCUCCACCUUCACCCCUUCACUCCUCCAUGCAGACAUCUCCCCCCUGACCCUGAUCUCCAUCUUUGUCAGCUGACAGACAAGGACUCGAAUUAUGGCGCUGCACCAUCUGGUUCUGAGGACCGUGGCGAGCUGCAGAGACACGAGCUCAGUGGCGCAGAGCUUCGGGCGCAGAGUGCGAGCAGCGGUGCGUUCAGUCUGGAUGGUGAACCCUGCUCAAACGGCAGUAGUCCCGUCCAACAGCCACCGUCUCGACGCUCUUCCUCCUCUUACCUGUCACCCAGUGAUAGCUCCACCCCCCAACACAAGCAGCAGCCGCCACUCGCUGCCACACCCAAAGAGACUGCCACGCCCAUCACGCUCAGUCACAACAAAGAUCUCCAGUCCGCAGCCAGACCCAACCACCCUGAGCCCGCCCACGACUGCUGGCUCACGAGGGGUCCCAAGUACAUCAGGAGGGGGUCAAAGGUCAAAGUGGCACGCUGUGCAUCAGAAACAGGUCUUACUGUCAAAACGACCUCCAGCAAAGGUGACGCCACAAAAUCCUCCGUUUAUCCACCAGUCACGGUCCUGUAUGUUCAGGGGAAGUCCUCCUCUGUGUCUGGCUGCCUGAACUGCUUCUCCCCUCCUGCUGGCAAAGAGGAACCACUGCAGGAACCCAGGUGCCCUAAAUUCUGCCCCAUGCCAGCAGCAUCAUCUCCACAGCAGAGGGCUCGUCCCAGUGUUCCAGUGUCCACAGCAACCUGAUCCCCGCUGGUACCCUGCAGGAACCAUCAGAACCGCCCGGUACUCAGCACCAGCAAGAAACAGCCAAUCGGAAUCAACCACUGGACCCAGACGUCAGGAACGGUGAACCUGAGGCCACACCUCCAGCAAAACCUCCCAGAGACCCAGCUGUGGUCCUUGCCAAAAAGCCCCCGGUGCAGGAGUCGCUGUGUGCGUCCUCCUUCUCCUUCAGUUCCAUCUUCAAGGACACCAUAUUCAGUGACGCCGCUGUCCCAGCCAACAACACGCCGCCGCACAAACCGCAGACGCGGAUCACCGCAGGAACGCAGCAGAGCCAGAAUGGAGGACGGAACUCUGAAACGGGGACAGCCGGACCGGAAGAGACGGACACACUUCUGGACAGUGAGUGACAGCUGUCCAAAUACAGACUGGACCAUCCACAGAGUGUUGCCAGGUCUGCUGAUGUUUUUGUGACGGCACAGAGUCACAGUUUAAGAUUUUGGACCUUUUUCUAGAUUUUUGAUAAUUAUUUAGGACUAUUUUCUCAAUCAUCAAAGAGCCGUCGCAUCUCUGUCACUUAUUAUUAUUAGAAGAAGAAAGUCGUAGGAUGUCUGUGACCCUGCUGGUUAGUCCCUGACCCGUCGGUUUGUCUGUGACUCUGAUUUGUUACUCUAUAGGUCAAAGGUCUUGGACAGAUUACAAUCAGAUUUUGGAAAACUUUGUUGUUGUGAUUCUACCUCAGAAUUUUUCUGUUUCACUCCUUAAUUUAUUUCUUGCUUUAUAAAAUUUUUUCUUUUACCUCUUGUUUUAUAUAAAAUAUCUUCAACAGAUCUCAAGAGGAAGAAGACAUUAAAUCUUUUGCUGGUCAGGAUUUGGUUCUGGUUUUUAUUUGUUUACAUUUUGAAUAGUUCAUUAAAUAAACUCCCCUGAUCGUGGUAAGAAUUUCGUGUGCAUUUCAUGCAUUAAACAGAAAUAUUAACUUUACUAUUUUUUCCAUUAAUAAUUAGUUUUGUGUUGUAAGUGACCCAAAACACUUUACUGAAUUACACCACCAGAGCCAGUCCAGAACCAGUUUGGACACAGACUUUUACUUUAUAUUUAGAUAAGAUUGGAUUAGAUAGAACUUUACUAAUGCCUUGGGAAUACUCCCUAAGGGGGGUAUUCAUACCCCUUAGGGAGUGAGGUUCCAGUAGCAUUGUAUAGCAGCACACAGGGUAAGAAGCACACAAAGUAUCGAACGUAAAAGUAAAAAAAAAACUAUUUA